AUGUCUGAGGCAUCGUCGGCCUCGCCUCUUUCUUCGUUCUCAUCCUGCGAAAUAUCUGAUGCUCUGCUCAAAUUGGGCGUCAAGAAUGGGGGCCACAUCCCACAGCUUCGGAUGAUGUCCCCUAAUCCACUCACUCUGUCGGAUGAUUCUCCUUCAGUCAUAUGCGGUCCAGCUUAUACGGUGCACAUGGUCCUGGGGUCAGAUACGACCUCUCCUAAGCUUACGGAAGGCCAUUUUGUUGAUCUGGCACCCGAAGGCUCUGUCGUUUUCAUUGAUGCUCCUCCAGAAGCCCAAAACGCAGUCUGGGGCGGCCUCAUGACUGCAGGUGCCCAAUCUCGCAACUGCCUCGGGACGAUAGUCUCUGGACUCAUCCGCGACACCUCCGAGCAUCGUUCGUCCUCCUAUCCCGUUUUCGCUCGCGGAACGUCCACCGUCGGUCAGACCCCCUUCACUCGUCCCUCUGCCGUUAACAUACCCGUAACAAUCCCGCGCAAUGUCAAUCCUGCGGAGACGGGGGGACUGGAACCUGUGACGGUGAGACCGGGGGAUUGGUUAGUGGCGGACGUGGACGGCGUGGUUUGUGUGCCGAAGGAGUUGGUGGAGAGGGUGGCGGAGUUGGCGAGGAAGGGUAAGGAGGUGGAUGCGAGGUGUUUAGAAGAUAUUCAGAAGGGUGUGGGAGUGAAGGAAAGUUUCAGGAGGCAUAGAGGGACUGGGACCGGAAAGCUUUAA